UGUUGACCACCAUCCUCUGUCGUCAUCUCAUCCUUCUCAUACUGCUCAACCAUCUACUGCUAUGCCACCGAAGAAAUUAGUGGGCUCAACACCAUCGGCCGUCGCGAAUAGUAAACCUCGACGUUCAUCUCGUCUAGCAAAUCUUUCCUCCAAACCCCUAUCUGCUCGGCUAUCGACCAAUAAACCACGUAGCCGCACUAUGAAUGAAGCAGGACUCGGAGAUGGACCUGGGCAGUCCAGUCAACCUCCACAGAAGAAGAGAAAGCCAUCAGGUCAGCGGAAACCACGUUCUCCUUCCACCAGUAGGCGAGAUGUCUCCCCCACUACUCAGAUCGAAGGCCCUUCUGCUCUCCCCAAUCAUACACAGCUCGAAACUUCAGCACGCGCUCUCUCAGUUCACGACGAAGACAGCCAGUAUAACGCGGCGAAAGUUGAGGAGGCACGUGAGGCUCUCUUGAGGGAUUACCCUUACGCGCGUACAGUUGAACUGGAAGAAAUGCUAGAGGCGUACUUUCCGAAGAGAGAGGAUUUAGAUCUUGAUUCGCUGUGUAAAAAAUUGCAGAAAAACGGCGUGAUAACGAAAAACAAGUGGAAAUCACCUAUGGUCCCAGCUUCCCCCAAGAAAGUAUCAUCGCAUAAAGAGAUCGUCUUCCGGUUCCUGGAUCGGUUGUAUACUGCGCUCCAGCAAGCUUGGAAAGAACUCCGUACUGCGAACUCCUCCCUACCCAAGCUCACGACUGAGCUCCUCAUCAAAGGGAAAGGGUCACAGGAGGCGGUCAGACAUAACCAUUCCAAACCCGAUGGUGCCUUUGCGUUUGGCGGCAAAAUCUGUUCGGCAGCAGAGUCAAAGGGAGUAGAGUCAAGUUGGAGUUGGAUGAAUAUCGUAUGCCCGAUGGGAUUUAAGAAGAACGAUGACGAUGAAGAUAAGCUGGACGAUUAUCAAAAGGUUGUGUGGGGAAUGCACGAGGUUAUGCAUAAUGAUCCCAGACGUCGGUUUGUCUUUGGGUUAACAAUCGCAAACACGACGAUCCGCCUCUGGUUUCAGAACCGCACGACUCUGGUGGCUUCGCACCCCUUCCAUUUGCAUACGGACUGGAGGAAACUUGUGCAUAUUCUUAUCGCUCUCGGGACUGCUGACCGCAAAGCUCUUGGUUACGAUGAUACCAUGGUGCUGCGAGGUUGCGAUGAGGACGGGGAGGACAUCUUCGACAUCUCUGUCUUCGAACAAGGGGAAAAUGAUACUUAUGCAUCAGAGCCCAGGAUCACGACUUAUCGGACUGUGGAACGCAUUAAGGACUAUACGGCCGACGUACUGACCGGACGUGCAACUCGCGUCUGGAAGGUCAGAAAAGUCGUGAACGGUCAGAUGGACGGUCCGGAACUCGUGUUGAAAGACACUUGGAUUAACGAUGACCGGAAGCCGGAACACGUUAUUCUAGGACAGAUUCGGAAGGAACUCGAAGAGAAAGGUGACCCUCGCAUCCGGCACUUUUUGACCUGCGAUACAGCGGGGUGGGUUCCUGUCACCAAAGCCGAUCCUGGUAUUCAGGAUCACACAUAUCGUGUUCAUUGUCGCCAAGUUGUGUUCAAUUGCAAUCCAGCGACCGACGUUAUCCCUCUCCUUCCUUUCCUAGCGCCCCGUCUGCAAAAGAUGAGCAGUGUUACUACCGAUCAACGUAUUCAUUACCGCAUCGUCUUCUCAGAGGUUGGCAAACCUCUGAAAGCCCAAGGGACUUUUGAUCGGAUGUUUUUUGCCUUGCAAGGAGGUCUCUGUGGUUGUGGAGCCAUACAUGAUACUGGACACAUUCAUCGGGAUGUCAGUGCCAACAAUAUCCUCCUUGUGAUGCGAGAUGCCUCCUCCGCACCUUGCAGGUGCCCAGGUCCAUCUCUGGACGGUGUCCCAGAAACAGGGAAGAUACUUGUCCCAGUUAUCAUGGACUUGGAACAUUCUGUGAAUGUUAAUGACAACAAAGCAAGCCACCAUGUCCGGACAGGCACUUGGGACUCUAUGGCUUCAGAAGUUCAGUCCAGGUACUGGCGUUUCUUGCCAAGCAAGUAUAAACUUGCUGAAUACCCCACACGUUGGUGCCAACAUGCUCUCCAUGAUCUUGAGCCCUUCUUGUGGAUUGCAGUUCGGAUCCUAUUCAAGUACCUAGUUCCUGGUGUUUCCCUUGUUUCGUCCAGGUCCUAUGCUUCUUCCUCUUCCUACUCUUUAAUCUUCCCUCCUAUCCAGGAGCUUCCGCGACAGUUGAACCCGAUUAUGAUUGAUUAUGCCAUAUUGGGUUGCCUACCUGAACCUUAUCACGUAUUCAGAUCGCCUAUGAUGGGGUGGGCUCGAUUUCUCAUUGAAAGUUAUGAGAAAGCAUACGAGCACUCGCAUCCUUCCAUGGUAAUCUCGGAAAUCGGGAGAACUAGUCCAGAGGUUGUGCAAGGAUGCUCCGAUUUCCUAAGUCUUCUGCGCAAUGAAGUCAAGGCCAAUCCAGCUCUUCAAGGGGAGCUCGAAGAUGUUACGAACCGUGUGUCUUACUAUUACCAUUAGAUUACUUGUAUCACGUAACCUAUAGAAAGAAAAAAAGAUGUUAUGAAGAGACUGGCAAUCUAAAUUUGCAAUUCUUUC